AUGAUUUCGAAACGUGAUAGAGAUAUUUUCAGAGAUGAUAUUCGUGCACGAGGAACAAAGCUGAGCGCUGCUGAGCGUGAGAGUAUUCUGAAGCCUUAUCUGCCGGAACCGUCAGAACUUCCACGUCGACCACCUCAACGAAAGAAAGUAGCAGCUCGAAAGACCCCUAUCCGCACAUUUUUUAAAUCCCAGAUACAUCACUUUGCCUACACCGUCGUUCAUAUUUUUUUUGGGAUCACUGUGCGUCUUAUCCAGUGUUAUCAUGCUAUUCUGGAUCGGAUUCUAGCUAUUAUCUACUACCAUCAUCGUACGCCAGAGUUGAUUCGGAAGGAUGUAAAAAAUCUGGAUCGCCUGCCUGAGCAUCUAAGUGUGAUAUUAUCACUACGGCUGGAGGAUGAUGCGCUGGCCAUAUUAAUGGACGAAGUGGCAGAACUGGCUGCCUGGAGUGCUAGUGCCGGAAUACCUGUGUUAAGUAUAUAUGAAAGAAGGGGUGUUUUAAAGUCCUGUAUUCCUAUUUUGCAUCAGGUCGUUACGACCAAACUAGCUUCAUAUUAUGGUGCCCCCUCCCAACAACCAUCACUGCGACUCUUUGCUCCUCACCACCCUAUCCAUCAAAGCCAACAUUCAACCUCAAGCACUAGUGCAGAAGCACUUACAAUUCUUCUUCUAUCUGCUACAGACGGUCAAGAGACCUUUGUGGACCUUACUAAAACUCUAGCAGAAAUGUCCCAGAACGGUAAAUUGUCUCCAGAGGAUAUCACCAUGGAACUGGUCGAUGCAGAAAUUAGCGAGAUAACCACGCAGCCUUCACAAGUAACAGCACAAACUCCUAGCAGAAGCAAAGCAGCUCCUGUUUCAGUUUCGCUAAAGCCUGAGCCCGACCUACUUUUAGUGUUUGGGCCCUUCUUGAAACUGGAUGGCUAUCCACCUUGGCAUAUUAGGCUCACGGAAAUGUUUUGCACAGGCAGUAAAACCAGCAACGUGAAUGGUUAUGGGGAACCUGUUGAGUAUCAGGGUUUUUGUAGGGGUUUAUGGCAUUAUGCAGGUGCACAAAUGAGGUUCGGUCGAUAA